AUGGCAGAAGACGCCUCCAUCAUUGAUACCAACCCAUCUCCGAUGAACUCGGCAACCAAAGAAGACAAAGCGUAUCCAAAGUACAAAGUGCAUGCCCCAGUUGGCCAUGUGAGCGGAACCAGCAAAAGGGUUGUCUCCAGCAUUGAUACCGUCCCUCUCUCGGAAAGCUCGAUGUCCGAAGGAGACAAGCCGCAUUCCAAGUCCGAAAUUCAGGCCCCGGUUGGCAGUGCCAAACGAAGCGUUCGAUUCGACGAAUCCACCUUUGUUUACCCUUCUCGACCUCCCAAUAAGCGCAAAGUCACCGAGAUCAUCAUCUGUCUGGUCAAGCAUCGCCUCAUGGCCGUCCCAAUCUACCCACGCCGAAAGAGAUGGAGAAAGCGCCAGAGGAUGGAACUGAGUGAGAUCAGCAACUUCCCCAACGUGGACACCUUCGUCUUCGAGAAUACGGAUGCAUUCUCCAAACUCUUCAGCCUCUUCGACUACACAAGUCUCACAGACAGAUUGCCCGAAGUCUUCACCAAAAACGGAGUAACCAAGGUCCGCUUCGUGCUGCUCAAGCACAUCGAAGAAGAACAAUAUUAUCUGACUCCUUUAUUGGAUGAGGACAAAGCGGAGCGAAUCGACAAGGUCAUCAAUGCGCUUUAUCUGGGUUGGAGACAGGCGUGUCGUGCUUUGCCUAAGGGUCACGGUAUCAGGGAGGUCAUUUUCGAUGUCCACAAAUCGGGCCACAGGAACGAGUACUAUGUCUCGCCGCUCCUCGAGCAUCCUAUCAUUCAACAUAUCAGUACGAUGAUGGCCGUCAAAGCUGGUGGUCCCUUCUGCAGUCGCCUUGUUGGUCUUGAGAAAGAUGAUAACAGAAGGGUCUAUGUGGAGAGAUCGCUGGUUAAUACCAAGGCCUCGGAAUCCGGCGAGUUGGCAAUGGAGACACGGGAAUGUGAACCUGAACCUCUCAAUGAGUUCAAACACUUGCUCCUGUGA